GGAAGUUGUCUUCUCUUGGCUGACUGCGCUCUGAGAUACCGGAAGUAAUCGUCGGAUUUGGUGACGCUGCAUUAGACUGCAAGACAUGGACCGGUCUGGUCUGCUCGGGUUUUUCCUCCUUGGCCUGGCUCUGAGUGGAGCUCAGGCGCUCACACCGUCGCACUACCUGUCCCCGUCUGAUGUGGCCCGGCUGCAGAACCUCCUGAGCCAGCCGUUCACCGACCUGGAGUCCGCAUAUUAUUCUGUUGUAGGUCAGAGCAAGCUUGGUGAAACUAUUCCUGAUCAAAAGGAUGUAUGCCAGUUCCUGAAAUCCCAGCUGGAUCCUACAAGUGUUGACUCUCUCUUUUUUGCUGCUGAAACCAGUCAAGCCAUCACAGAAUGUGAGAUCCCUGUAUCCAAUGAAACCCGUGACAUCCUUCUAGCAGCAGUUAGUGAAGAUUCGUCCAUGACCCAGAUCCAUCGGGCAGUGAGUGCCCUGAGCUCUCUGGGGCUUCCUCUUGCUUCCCAGGAAGUUGUGGGUGCGCUGACGGCUCGCAUCAACAAGGAAGACAAUGUUAUGGCGAUAAUCUUGGCUUUGCAAACUGCAUCCCGCCUUUCCCAGCAAGCAGAACUCGGAGGAGUGCUGGAGGAAAUUGAGGAUCUGACAGCUCGUCUGGAUGAUCUUGGUGGCAUCUACCUCCAGUUUGAAGAGGGGCUUGAGGCUACCGCCAUGUUUGUGACUGCUGCUUAUGCCCUGUCAGAUCAUGUGGACAUGGAGCCUCCUCUCAAGGAGGACCAGGUCAUCCAGCUUGUGAACUCUAUCUUCAGCAAGAAAUCCUGGGAUUCCUUGGCUGAGGCUUUCAGUGUGGCGAGUGCUGCUGCCGCUCUCUCCGGCAACCGCUUCCAUGUGCCGGUUAUUGUCAACACUCAGGGCCCAGCCACGGUGUCCCACAGCCAACCAACCCUGCAGCUCCUCGUUACUGAUGUCAUGUCUCAACCUCUGGCCUCAGCUAGCGUGCUGGUGGAGUCUGCGCAUGCUGUGGCUUCUAAAAGCGUCAUCCUCAGCAAAGCACCGUUCACUCUUAAUGAUGGUGUCUUUGAAUUGAACUUCAUAUCCAGCCAGCCAGCGAGCGGAUAUUACCAGUUUGCAGUUGCAGUGACCGGGGAUAGCCGGCUGGUUGCCAAUCAUGUUGAGCUUAAAGUCAAAGUGUCUACAGAGGUGGCUGUCACCAACAUGGACCUCUCUGUGGUGGAUAAGGACCAGAGCAUCGGCACUAAGACCACCAGGGUGGACUAUCCAUCCAAAGCCAAAAGCUCCUUCACAGCAGACAGCCACCAGAACUUUGCCAUGUCCUUCCAGCUGGUUGACGUCAACACUGGCCUGGAGCUCACCCCUCACCAGACCUUUGUCCGCCUGCACAAUCAGAAAACUGGUCAGGAGGUGGUGUUUGUGGCUGAACCCGACAGCAAGAAUCUCUACAAGUUUGAGUUGGACACAGCUGAGCGGAAGUCAGAGUUUGACUCCAUCUCUGGUACCUACUCCCUCUACCUCAUCGUUGGGGAUGCUACCCUGGAAAAUCCCAUCCUGUGGAAUGUGGCAGAUGUUGUUCUAAAGUUUGUUGAUGAGGAAGCUCCCGCCACCAUUCAGUCCAAGACCCUCUAUGUCCCCAAGCCAGAGAUCCAGCACUUGUUCAGGGAGCCAGAGAAGAAGCCUCCAACUGUGGUUUCCAACACCUUCACUGCACUCGUCUUGUCUCCCUUCCUGCUUCUACUCAUCCUGUGGUUUAAGCUCGGAGCCAACAUCUCCAACUUCAGCUUCUCUCCGAGCACCAUCCUGUUCCACGUGGGACAUGCAGCCAUGCUUGGCCUGAUGUACGUCUACUGGACCCACCUGAACAUGUUUCAGACUCUCAAGUACCUGGCAAUCAUUGGUGGUGUAACUUUCCUUGCCGGAAACCGCAUGCUGGCCCAGAAAGCAGUGAAGAGGAUUGCUGCAGAGCAAAGUAGUAGGUUGGCAAAGUAUAGGAGCCUUCGAUAAAGCCCCCCCUUUCUAGCAAAUGAGUCGGUUCUGCUUCCAGGCUGAAAAUCGAGAAAAAAUAAGGACAGAAAUGAAGACACAGAUAAGGGUCUCUUUUUUUUGUUUGUUUUUUUGUUUUGUUUCCAUUGAAAUCGGAAUAUUAAAAACAAUGGCACGAAAGUUCAGGAAUCUAAUCGACAGUUUAAAGAGUUGCUGAAUGGAAGGAAAUGAGACGAGACGACGUUUGAGUGGACAAACCAACAGAUGCUCCUACAGAGGACUGUAAAGCUACUGAUCGUUGCACUUCAUCUUCCUGUGAGAUUUCUUAUUGUCCAACAUGCCAGUGUUUUCUAAGUGAGCUGGAUUUUUUUUCUGUGGUUUCAUGAUGAAAUUUGGGUUUUAUUCAUUUUUUUGUACAUUCCUCUUUGUUGUUGCUCUGCACCCAUUUCACCUCACAAAAGAAGCUCAUUUUUCAGCUGAUGCCAUCGGCAAUAGCACUGAUACUUGGAUCGUGACUAACUAUGCCACCGUGUUUGCCUGUGGCACUCUCCUCUUUGAGAGAUGUCCCAGAGAGAUAAAAAAAAAAAAAACAAAACUUGAUAAUAAAACAUGGGAAGUCUCAGAAUGUGAUGUUUUUGUAAUGAAGACGAGGAAAAUAAAGAAAUUGAGGUGAA